CCGCUGAUGAGCUGCGUCGUCUUCGGCUCCUUCGUCGUCUGUUACCUCGCGGCGUUCUCGAUCUCCUGCUUGCCGGUACUCGUCACACGAAAAUGGAUAACAAAAAUGGAACCAAGCCGGAGGCUUUCCUUUCACCACUUCCUCCUUCCCAUCUCUACUUCCUUUCACAGGGAUGGUAACAAUGGAGCAAGAAGGUCAAGAAGAAGAAGAAGAAGCCAACGCAUGCAAAAGCAAAAGCAGCAGCAGCUGGGAAGAAGACAUGUACUGGACUCACUUCAAGUUCACCCAUUUCUUCCGAUUACUGCAUGCCGGCUUCCACCGCACCCUUGCACUGCCUAAUAAAUUUUCCGGCCGGUUGAAAUCCAAAUUACCGGAGACCGUCACUCUGACGGGUCCGAGCGGAGCCAAUUGGACCAUCAGAUUGACCACCACGACCUCCGCCGCCGACGCCCAGAGCACCGUGUGCUUCAGUCGCGGAUGGAGCGAAUUUGCGGCCGACAAUUCGCUCCAGGUCGACGAUCUGUUGGUGUUCAAGUACAACGGCGAGUCCCGUUUCGACGUUCUGAUCCUCGAAACCCAAACAUCCUGCGAGAAUCCCGCCGCUUAUUUCGCUAAGAUGCGUGAAAUUAGCGGCGAGCCGAAGGGGAGCCCCGAGGUCUCGGUGCUGCGGGUCUUCAUCGCCAGCCCUUUAUUGAUGACCAGGCACACAAGUUCCGCAGGCAUGAUCUGCUGCUGUAAGCAUUCUAUUCAGUCUCUCUUUGCCGGAAUACAAGAACCAAAGUAUGCUCAAGUUCCAUCGAAUACGGAUAGCAGCGAAAUCAACUACCUAGGAUUAAUCUGUGCUUGCUGCGCGAUCAUUCUCGAUCAAGAGAAUAUC